GAGCUGAAAGGUGAUAAUGUGUUGACACAGAGAGAAAGCGGGAGAAACACAAAGAGCAUCUACAGCAAGCAGCAACCCAGAUUUUUGUGGAAGUGAGGCCGGGCAAGGGGUGCAGGAGCCCCGUCCCUCUUGCUUCCCAGCCAUGAAGGGCAGACUGAAAGGACCCUGGAUCCUCUCUUUGCUCUUGGCUGGUUUAUUUCACCCCAACUGGGGGCAAGGACAAGAAGAGAUUUUGACAAGACUUCAGUUAUCUCAUCAACAUGAGGAACCAAGAUCUUGCCCGCGUGCUCCUAAUUCUCAACCGAUCCCAGAUCGAGCCAAGGUGGAUUGCUAUGACUCAGUUCAAGGAUCAGCCCAUGAUUAUGGGGCUCUGUCUAUAACUGGUGAAUACAUCGCCUUCCGGAAUUUUGUGGGGAAAUAUAUCCUCUUUGUAAAUGUGGCCACUUUCUGAGGACUCACAGCACAAUAUCUUGAACUGAAUGCACUACAAACUACACUGGGACCUGACCGACUGGUCAUCUUAGGCUUCCCAUGCAAUCAAUUUGGAAAACAAGAACCUGGACAGAAUUCUGAAAUCCUUCAAGGAAUAAAACAUGUCAGGCCAGGGGGAGGUUUUGUCCCCAAUUUCCAACUCUUUCAAAAAAUUGAAGUAAAUGGGGAAAAUGAACAGAAAAUUUACACCUUCCUGAAGAACUCCUGUCCACCAGUUGUGGAAACUUUUGGUGACCCGGCAAGACUCUUCUGGACACCUAUGAAGAUCCAUGACAUUAAGUGGAACUUUGAGAAAUUUUUGGUUGAUCCUCAAGGAAAGCCGGUGAUGAGGUGGUUUCACCGGACAAAUGUUUCCACUGUAAAGAAUGAUAUCAUAAGAUACAUGAGGAAAAACGUAAAUGGAUAGACUCCAUACAAAUGAAGAUGGAUUCAGGCGGGGGUGGGGGGGAGGCAGGCUGUAGACAUAUCCAGACAUAUUCAUUUUCUUCUGCCAAACAACUGAACAUCCAAAUAUCCUUUAUUCAAAGCUAAAAUAGGGUUGUUAGGAUUUGCCUUACAAGGUGCCAAUUUACAUACUAAUAAUUCUAAAUAUUAAUAUCAAAAUUCUUAAUCUUAACCUAUUUUCAAGCAUAACUUUAUAAAAUCUCAGUUUACUCAACGAUAGCAGGAUGGAAGCAAUAUGUAUUGGGAAACCAUUUUAGUAACUUCUGAUACUGCUUCAAACUUCUGUAACUUGAGCAUGAGUAACAAGAUCAAGAUAAUAUUUUGAUUUUUGCAUCUCUAGUGUAUUAUGGUACUAAAGAAGACUAUUCCUCCCUUUCAUUAUUAACAUAUUGAUGCAGAAUAUACUGUACAAAUUUUAAAAACAACAAAAUUAAGAUGUCUAUGGAGAUUUCAGUUAUAGGUCCCAAAGUUGCUUUUUCAAGAGGCAACUGGACUUUCUGGUUUUUCUUUGAAGAGGUUUCAUUUCUCAUCAAAGAAGCUUCUUCAGCUGAGAAGUGAAAUGUCUUCAAAGAAAAAACAGAAAGUCCAGUUGCCUCUUGAAAAAGCAUCUUUGGGACAACAAAAUUAUUUUUUUUUAAAAAAAAUUACAAGCUAAACACUGGCCUAUUGUGUCACAGUAUUAAAGUCAAUCUAGUUUAUUUUUAGCAAUUUAAACACAUUUUUAACAUUGGAUGAACAUGAAGUACUACAUUCAUUAAGGGUUUCCCACUUAAUUUUGUUAAGUUAAAUUUCAUCUCUAAUAUAGAUGAAAUUAAUACUUUUGGCAUCUCUGGAUAAAGUACAGUUUACCUCCCUUCCUCAAAAUGUAGAAUAGAGACCCCUUCUGGACAAUUUAUGAACUGGAAUUUCUUAAAUAACUCUCUUUCUGACAGUGGAGGAAAAUAGGGGACAAAGGAUUUUGGGGCAAGGAAAAUGCAUCAGAAUGAUGGUUAGAUCUAAAAACUCUUUACGAGUGGGACCUGGCCUAAGACUGUAAGGCAGUGGAGUAGCUCUUUAGUGCAUUCGGCUACUUCACUACAACCUUUGCAGAGAUGUAUUUCUUCCUUUUAUUCCCAAGAUCCCAGCCUCUCUAACCUUCACAUCUUCUGUCUAAAAACACUGCCUAAUAAAAACAGUUAAUUCUCAGUGCA